AAAGAGAUUGUCUAUCAAUGAAGUAGUAAAAGGGGGGAACAUCUGUGGCGGAGAAGAAGGAAAGGUUUUUCUAAAGGAAGCCUUUGAUAGACUGUUUGGCUUGGCUUGGUUCCCCUUCUUUUAUUUACUGAAUUCCAGAGGUGACCAACACACAGAAGCGAAAAUGAAGUUCAUCAUCGGCAUUGGAGGAGUGACCAACGGUGGGAAGACCACUUUGACAAAUAGACUACUAAAGACAUUACCCAACUGUUGUGUGGUCCAUCAGGAUGACUUUUUCAAGAAACCCGAUCAAAUAGAAGUCGGGGAGGACGGCUUUAGACAGUGGGAUGUGAUCUCUGCCCUGGACAUGGAGGCGAUGAUCAGCACCGUGAAGGGCUGGCAGGAGAACCCGGUAAAGUUUGCGCGCUCGCACGGUGUCAGCCUGUCACCUGAAGCCGAGGACGGCGAUACAGGUAUCCAUAUUCUCAUCGUGGAGGGCUUCCUCAUCUACAACUACAAGCCUCUGAUUGACAUCUAUGACAAAUGUUUCUACAUUUCCAUUCCUUAUGAGGAGUGCAAAAAGAGGAGAAGUACAAGGACAUACACAGUCCCUGACCCCCCAGACCUGUUCGACGGCCACGUCUGGCCGAUGUACUUGAAACACAGGAAGGAGAUGGACAACAACUGUAGCAGAAUAGAGUACCUUGACGGGAUGACAUCGAAGGACGAUAUCUACAACAAGGUGUACGAAAGCGUACAGAACUCCCUGCUGAACAACUUAUAGCAACACGGGGACGACGGUGGAUUUGUGUAUAGACUUGUAAAUAUCAUGAUGCGUCGAUGUGUAACACCAGUACUUCUAGCCUGAUUUGUAAAUAGUUAAUCCUGUAACUUAUUAAGAACUAACAGCAGAAGCGUUGUGUUUUGUAUAAUCCUGUGUAACUUUUUUUUUCUAAAAGAUGAAGCCACCUCUGGACAUGCCCAGAGUUUAACAUCAGGGACAGAUCUUAACUCUGAUCUUGUCUGUAUGUGAAAGUAUGAAAGCACCCUCUGGGACUCGUAACUUAAUGAAACAACUGAAUCCAA